GAGGGCGCUUCCGUGUUGUGCCCCAGUAGUUCGGCGCAGUCUGAGGAGUUUGUUGUGGUCGUGUUUGUGUGAAAAUGGGGGCUUGUAUGGCUUUGUGCUCUCUGGCGAGCUGCGCGUCGUGUCUGUGUGGCUCGGCUCCGUGCCUUCUGUCAGGAUGCUGCCCUUCCACUUACAACUCCACCGUAACCCGUCUGGCUUUUUCUUUCUUUAUGCUGCUCGGCACCCUGGUGUCCAUCAUCAUGAUUAUGCCUGGUAUGGAGGCUCAGCUGGAAAAGAUUCCUGGGUUUUGUGAAAAGGGCACAUCCAUACCUGGUUUCCAUGGAAAGGUGAACUGCAGUAUAAUCGUGGGCUAUAAGUCCGUGUACAGGAUGUGUUUCGCCAUGGCCUGCUUCUUCUUCCUCUUCUCCGUGAUCAUGAUCCGAGUGCGCAGCAGCAAGGACCCGCGAGCCGCCAUUCAGAACGGAUUCUGGUUCUUCAAGUUCCUGAUACUGGUUGGAAUAACUGUAGGAGCUUUCUUCAUUCCUGAUGGGACGUUUAACACAGUGUGGUACUACUUCGGUGUGGUGGGCUCCUUUAUCUUCAUCGUGAUCCAGUUGAUCCUCCUGGUGGACUUCGCUCAUACCUGGAACCAGAGAUGGGUGGAGAACGCUGAGGAUGGGAGCAGGUGCUGGUAUGCAGCCCUGCUGUCCUUCACUGUUCUGCACUAUGUGUGUGCCUUCGCUGCGAUGGUGCUGUUCUAUGUGUUCUACACUCAGCCGGACGACUGCACUGAACACAAAGUCUUCAUCAGCCUCAACUUCAUCUUCUGCAUCAUCGUGUCUGUGGUCUCCAUUCUCCCUAAAGUUCAGGAAGCCCAACCAAGCUCUGGUCUGCUUCAGUCGUCUCUCAUCUCGCUGUACACCAUGUACCUCACCUGGUCCGCCAUGACCAACAACCCCAACCGUAAGUGUAACCCCAGCCUGCUGCAGCUGGUCACUAACAACCCCACCACUGCCCCCACCCCCACCAUCGCCCCCGGGCAGGUACAGUGGUGGGACGCUCAGGGCAUCGUGGGGCUCGUCAUCUUCCUCUUCUGCACUCUGUAUGCCAGCAUCCGCUCGUCCAAUAACUCUCAGGUGAAUAGACUGAUGCAGACGGAGGAGAGCCAGGGCCUGGCAGCGGACGUGGAGACGCCGGCGGACGAGGACGGAGUGAGACGUGCUAUGGAUAACGAGGAGGACGGAGUGACCUACAGCUACUCUUUCUUCCACUUCUGUCUCAUCUUGGCGUCUCUCUACAUUAUGAUGACUCUCACUAACUGGUAUCAGCCUAACUCAGACUACCAGGCCAUGCAGAGCACUAUGCCGGCGGUGUGGGUGAAGAUCAGCUCCAGCUGGCUGGCCUUAGCGCUGUAUCUCUGGACCCUCGUGGCUCCUCUGAUCCUCCCUGACCGAGACUUCAGCUAAACGCCAAAAACCACUGCAGGUUUCAGCCCACCUGACCUCUCAUCUGAGCAUGUAUCUUCUGAGAGAUGGUUUGAGGGGAGAAAUUCAAACUAAAACCAAACCCACAACCCAGAACACCCCUUUACUUUCAGCCCAGAGGUCAAUCGGUUAUCAGACCAUCAGCAGUGUAAAGGUGGUUACACACUAAACUCGAUGCAAAUCAAAACACAACCCUGUGAGAAAUUCAGAUGAUUUUUUUUUCUUCACAGAAUGUGCAGACGGGGACACUGGGUGGGCUAAUCUCUGAUUAAUCUCAAAUCAUGUUCAUUUAGUAUGCGUGUGAAAGGACUCGCUUACAGAGUUCAGCUCAUUAGAAAUUUAAAUUUGAAUUGAAAAAUCUGAAUUUGAAUGCUUUUAUUUUGAAUCUGUAUCACACACUCUUAAAAAAGAGGGUUCUUUAGUAAAGAAAAUGGGUCUAUAAAGAUCCAUGAACACUCAAAGAGCCCUUUGUAUGAUUAAAGGGUUUCCUGCAUCAUGAAAUGGUUCUGCUGUUGUGACAAUGUCUAGCUUGAAGAGCUUAAAGCUAUAAGAACCCUUUUUGGUGCUAUAUUUGCUUUAGAUGGUUCUAUAUUGAACCUUUUUGAAAUUGAUUCUGUAUAGCACCCAGAAGGGUCCUUCUAUUGUUAUGAUGUAUAGCUUGAAACAAGAGAAGAACCCUUUUUAGAAUUCUUUUCAAAAAGGUUCUAUAUUCAAGCAUCUAUAGCACAUUUAUGCACACCCUUUAUGAACCCUUUAAUCAUGCAGAGGUUUCUUUGAGUGUUCAUUAUUCUAUAAAGAACCAUUUGCUUUACUAAAGAACCCUCAAAGAACCAUCUUUAAGUGUGCACCGUUCUGAAAUUGAAUUUUUUAUGGAUUGAUGUAAAAUUUAACACCUGAAACUCAAUUUCUGAGAAGAACAAUACAUUUUUAUAUUAAUUUGCAUUUUCAGAUAAAUGACAUUUUCAGUGAAAGCAGCUUUACCAGCAAAAACAAUUGAUGUACAAUUGAAUGAAUUUCAGACACAGAUUCAAAAUGAUUACCUUCAAAUUCAGAUUUUUGCUUUCAAGCCCAAAUUUCUAAUGGCUUUAACCUGCCUCAGUAAAUAGUUUCACACAAUGGAAGACCUUUAUAGGAACAGUUUCAUUAAAGUUGCUAAAUUAAUAAUAGUAAUUAAGAUAAUGGUAGUGAAUAAAAAAAGGAAAACUGUAGUUUAAAAAGUUAAAAUAACUAAAAUAAAGUUUAAAAAAUUUUAAUGAAAUUUUAAAUAAAAGUUUCAUUUUAAUAUUUCACCAGAAAUACUUACAAAGUCCAAUGUUACAAAAAUAUGUAACUGUUUUUUAAUGUGGCAGUUUUGCUGGUGUACUGUGUCUAUUACAGUUUUCCACCUCGAUAAGUGUGACACACAUACCAAAUAAUAUCUUCUGAGAUUAAUAACGCUCCUUAACUUUUUAUAUUUUGCUUGAUUUUUACCAUUUUGUGGGCGGAGCCUAGACAGGACAAGUGAGCUGUGCGCUUUGGAGGAAUUAGAGAAACAUCUGAACUAAAAAUCUACACUCCAAUAUCUGCCCAGAGUCCAUUUGCUCUCUGGGAAGCUGCCUUUACUCCAAAAAAAACAAGUAAACAAUCAAAAUAAAUCAAGAUGUACACUAGAUUUAUAUGUAUAUGACACUCUAUGUUUAUAUAAUUCUGACAUCUACAAGUGAUUACAUGCAAAAUCAAGGAAAAGAGCUUUAUGGCGCCAUAUAUAAUCUUCUGUUUAUUAUGUAAUGUUUGCACUACGUUCAGUCACGCUGAAGUCACUGUUACUCAUGCUGGGUGUUGGUACAGCCUUCUUUUAGUCUCUUAUCGAACUUGAUUCACAUGUAGUCUGUUAAACCUGGACCAAAGAGAAGCAGGUGCCUUUACUUUUUCUCAUUGAAGGAGAGCUGUUUGUUUUAUACUGAUGUCGCUUUUGUACUUUGCACAUUUUCUCUUUCAGAUGAUAUGAAAGCUUAUCAAUAAAGAAUGUUACAUGUA